AUGGCCGAGGCGUCCCCCCCCUCCCCCCUGGACGUGGAGCUGGACCCCGAGUUCGAGCCCCAGAGCCGCCCCCGCUCCUGCACGUGGCCCCUGCAGCGGCCCGAGCUGCAGGCCAGCCCGGCCAAGCCCGCCGACGCCGACGCCGCCUCCGGGAUCCCCGAGGAGGAGGACGACGACGACGACGAGCGGCCGCCGCCCGCCUCGGCCGGGCCCCCCGCCGCCGCCCCCCGCGAGCCCCCGGCCCCCGACGGCGCGGCCCGCCUGCCGGCCCCGCUGCCCGGCGAGGGGCCGUCGGCGGCGGCGCCCAGGAAGUGCUCGUCGCGGCGCAACGCGUGGGGGAACCUGUCCUACGCCGACCUGAUCACCCGCGCCAUCGAGAGCGCCCCGGACAAGAGGCUCACCCUCGCCCAGAUCUACGAGUGGAUGGUGCGCUGCGUGCCCUACUUCAAGGAUAAGGGCGACAGCAACAGCUCGGCCGGCUGGAAGAACUCCAUCAGGCACAAUUUAUCCCUUCACAGUCGAUUCAUCAGGGUACAGAAUGAAGGAACUGGGAAAAGCUCAUGGUGGAUGAUCAAUCCGGAUGGUGGGAAAGGUGGGAAAGCACCACGGAGGCGUGCUGUUUCAAUGGACAAUAGCAACAAGUACACAAAAAGCCGAGGACGAGCAGCUAAGAAAAAGGCUGCUCUACAAGCUGCACAGGAAACUAGCGAAGACAGCCCCUCCCAGCUCUCCAAAUGGCCAGGUAGCCCAACCUCACGUAGCAGCGAUGAACUGGAUGCGUGGACGGAUUUCCGGUCUCGUACAAACUCAAAUGCCAGUACGAUAAGUGGCCGCUUGUCCCCAAUACUGGCAAGUACUGAGUUAGAUGAGGUCCAGGAUGAUGAGGCUCCACUAUCACCAAUGCUGUACAGUAGCCCACCCAGCAUGUCGCCAUCAGUAAAUAAACCCUGUAAUGUUGAGCUGCCUCGGUUGACUGAUAUGGCUGGCACCAUGAACUUGAAUGAUGGCCUGACAGAUAACCUUAUGGAUGACCUUCUGGAUAAUAUCACGCUCCCCUCUUCCCAGCAAUCACCCACAGGAGGACUCAUGCAAAGAAGCUCAAGUUUUCCUUAUGGAUCCAAAGGUUCAGGUCUUGGUUCUCCAUCAAGCAGUUUCAAUAAUGCUGUGUUUGGACCUUCAUCUCUGAAUUCCCUCCGUCAGUCUCCCAUGCAAACCAUCCAGGAGAACAAGCAAGCUACAUUUUCUUCCAUUUCUCACUACAAUAACCAAACGCUGCAGGAUCUGCUGGCAUCAGAUUCGCUUAGCCACAGCGAUGUCAUGAUGACCCAGUCCGAUCCACUCAUGUCACAAGCUAGCACAGCUGUGUCUGCCCAAAAUGUACGCAGGAGCAUCAUGCUCCGGAACGACCCGAUGAUGUCAUUUGCUGCUCAGCCAAGUUUGGUCAACCAGAAUCUGCUCCACCACCAGCAUCAGUCCCAGAAUUCUCUCAGUGGCAGCCGUGCCUUGUCAAAUUCCAUUGGUACUAUAGGCUUAAGUGACACAAGCAACACUGGGUCGGCCAAACACCAGCAACAGUCACCUGUCAACCAGUCUAUGCAAUCACUUUCUGACUCACUCUCAGGCUCUUUAUAUUCCAACAGUGUGAGCCUUCCAGUCAUGGGGCAUGAUAAAUUCCCCAGUGAUUUGGACCUUGAUAUUUUCAAUGGGAGCCUGGAAUGUGACAUGGAGUCCAUUAUCCGCAGCGAACUCAUGGAUGCAGAUGGGUUGGAUUUUAACUUUGAUUCCCUCAUCUCCGCCCAGAAUGUUGUCACUCUGAAUGUGGGAAACUUCACUGGUGCUAAGCAAGCUUCAUCACAGAGUUGGGUUCCAGGCUGAAGGAUUUAUGCAAAGAAGGGAAAUGGUCAAAGCAGGCCCUUAUACUGACACGAGAAAGAAAGAAAGAAAGAAAGAAAGAAAGAAAGAAAGAAAGAAAGAAAGAAAGAAAGAAAGAAAGAAAGAAAGAAAGAAAGAAAGAAAGAAAGAAAGAAAGAAAGAAAG